GUGUUUGUUUCAGACACGAUGCAUGUCUUCCUAGCCCUCAUGUUUGUGGCUGCUGCCACGGCCGAGCUUGCCCCUCUGCUCAAGAACUCUGAGCCCAUCCCAGGAAAGUACAUCAUCAAGCUCCGUGACGAUUUCAACAUCGAUGAAACUGCUUCUUCCGUUCGUCUCUCUGGUGGAAAAGUAGGUAACCUUUUCAGACACGUCCUCCACGGCUUCGCUGCCGAGCUCUCCGAUGAGGUCCUCGACAUUGUUCGUGGACUUCGCGCCGUUGAAUACGUUGAACAGGACGGCGUCUACCGUACACAAGUCACCUGGGGUCUAGAUCGUAUCGACCAAAGGGUUCUCUCUUAUGACAAUGCCUAUAAUCCAAGAGGCAACGGAAGCGGAUAUACUGUGUGGGUAUUCGAUACCGGCGUCCAUGAUACCCACAAUGACUUUGGUGGUCGUGCUGAGCAAGUGGUUAACUACGCAGAUGGUUUGAAUCAUGAUUGUAACGGGCAUGGAACCCACUGCGCAGGGAUAGUUGGCUCCAAUACCUAUGGUGUCGCGAAGGGUGUAAGCAUCAAGGGAGUCAAAGUCUUGAACUGUCUUGGAUCGGGCUCCAAUAGCGGUGUUAUCUCAGGGGUGGAUUAUGUAAUGGCCAAAAGCGGAAGCGCGGACGUUGCCUCAAUGUCGCUGGAAGGAAGGGCCUCUACAGCUUUAGACACUGCUGUCGAGCAACUUAUUGCUUCUGGGGUUCCAACCGCCGUGGCUGCUGGUAAUAGAAAUAUCAAUGCCUGCUUCUCUUCUCCUGCACGUGUUUCGACGGCAAUCACAGUUGGAGCUACAGAUAGCAACGACAAACGCUCUUCUUUUUCAAACUACGGUAGCUGCCUAGACAUCUUUGCUCCUGGUACUUCUAUCACAUCUACUUGGCACACGUCUAAUUCAGCAACCAGAACCAUCAGUGGAACUUCGACGGCCUGUCCUCAUGUUGCUGGUGCCAUCGCCCUCUACGGCAAAAGCACUUCUGAUAUGCUUGCUAAUGUUUCUUACAAUAGGAUUAGUGAUGUAGGAAAUAGUAGCCCUAAUAGACUUCUCUACGUCGGAAAUUGAGCGGUGGCGGCCCGCUCCAAGCAGCAACGAAGCAGAGUUAGAAAACAUAAAAUUAAAACAAGAAAUAAUCUGUUCAAUUUUCUUUGAAAAUAAUCAUCUGCGUGUUUGACUUAUCCUGAAACUCAUGAAUGACACGGUAAAAAUAAACGUGAAAUUAUUUUUUAUCACAAAACGCUGCUUCAUGCACAUAUAUAUUGCAAAGGUUGAAUUUCAUAUCGAUAUUAAAAGUGCGGUGACCGUAGUGUAUAGGCCGUUUUAAGCCAUGUAAGAAUACGUUUUUUUUUCUUUCUCUUCCGGAACAAGCACUGUUCAUGUGCAGAAAAGGUCAUAUCCUUCAAUUAUUUUCUUUUUGAGAAAUGACACAACAACGCAACUAACAGAUAUAACGGGAUCAUAAUUAAUGAUUGAUAAUAUUCUAAAUAAUCUAUCAGUCAUGGCGAUACUUUGAAAUCUAGAUUUCUCACUGAAUAUUGAUUGAGCAAGCAUCGUGAAGAUUCUUUCUGAAUGAGAGUGUUGUAACAACAUUAUAGAUAACAAGAUCUGUUGGUAGUUAUUGCCAUCAAGAGAAUAAUUUUGGUCUCAUCUACAAAGAGAUACUAGGUGGUUGGAAUCUCUUCUAGACAAGAAUGUUCAAAAUGCAAUACGCCUUUUACUUUGAAGUUUUUUCAUCAACAUCACCUAGUUAGCCCUCCAAAGUUGAAAGACAUUGCAUUAUCAUUUAUCGACCAUAAUCGAAAUGUAUUAUCCAAUCUUUAGCGAAUAAAAUCCAAAUUGAAA